CAAUGGUGGGUGCACUGCCCAUCCUCACCCCCCGCCCCUCAUGAGCCUUGGUUCUGAUGCAACCUAUGGUCAUGCAGGGAUGCCCUUACACCUUCCCACGAUGUCAUGAGUGGCAAGCCACUGACCAUUUCCAUCAUAGCAACAGCCUCCGAAGUACCUGCCCCCAGCUUCAGGUUAGAGCUGCUGCCAUCUCCCCUGUACCUCCUCAGGAUGGUGCUGGGGUUUUCUGCCUAAGCACAAAGCUGUUCAAUGGGUCUGUUGGUACCUCUGGACCCCUGGAACCAUCAGCCAUGAAUCUGUGUUGGAAUGAAAUCAAGAAGAAGUCUCACAACCUCCGUGCUCGCCUAGAGGCCUUCUCAGACCACAGUGGAAAGCUUCAGCUCUCUCUCCAAGAGAUUAUUGACUGGCUCAGCCAAAAGGAUGAGGAAUUGUCAGCUCAGCUGCCCCUACAAGGGGAUGUGGCCCUGGUGCAACAGGAAAAGGAGACACAUGCGGCAUUUAUGGAAGAUGUGAAGUCUCGGGGCCCCUAUAUCUACUCCGUGCUAGAGUCAGCUCAGGCCUUCCUGUCCCAGCACCCAUUUGAGGAAUUAGAGGAGCCUCGUUUGGAGAGCAAAGAUACCUCUCCCAGACAGCGGAUCCAGAAUCUUAGCCGCUUUGUAUGGAAGCAGGCGACAGUGGCCAGUGAACUAUGGGAGAAGCUGACAGCCCGCUGUGUGGACCAGCACCGCCACAUUGAGCGCACUCUGGAGCAGCUGUUGGAGAUCCAAGGGGCAAUGGAGGAAUUAAGUACUACUCUAACUCAGGCUGAGGGAGUCCGAGCCACUUGGGAGCCCAUUGGGGAUCUCUUCAUUGAUUCACUCCCUGACCACAUCCAGGCUCUUAAGCUAUUCAAAGAAGAAUUCUCCCCCAUGAAAGAUGGAGUGAAGUUGGUGAAUGAUCUGGCCCAUCAACUUGCCAUUUCUGAUGUGCACUUGUCAAUGGAGAACUCCCGGGCCCUGGAGCAGAUCAACAUCCGGUGGAAACAGCUGCAGGUGUCAGUUGGCGAGAGGCUUAAGCAGCUGCAGGAUGCCCACAGGGACUUUGGGCCUGGGUCACAGCACUUCCUCUCCACCUCUGUCCAGGUUCCCUGGGAAAGAGCAAUUUCACCCAAUAGAGUUCCCUACUAUAUCAACCACCAGGCUCAGACCACAUGCUGGGACCAUCCCAAGAUGACCGAGUUAUACCAAACCCUGGCUGAUCUGAACAACAUUAAGUUCUCAGCUUACCGCACUGCCAUGAAACUACGCAGAGUUCAAAAGGCACUACGCUUGGACCUGGUCACUUUAACCACAGCUUUGGAGAUCUUUAAUGAGCAUGAUCUUCAGGCCAGUGAGCAUGUGAUGGAUGUGGUGGAGGUCAUUCACUGCCUGACUGCCUUAUAUGAACGGCUGGAGGAGGAAAGAGGCAUCCUGGUCAACGUGCCACUCUGUGUGGACAUGAGCCUCAAUUGGCUCCUCAAUGUUUUUGAUAGUGGUCGCAGUGGAAAGAUGCGGGCAUUGUCCUUUAAGACUGGCAUUGCAUGCCUGUGUGGCACAGAAGUGAAGGAAAAACUGGAGUACCUCUUCAGCCAAGUAGCCAACUCAGGCAGCCAGUGUGAUCAACGCCACCUUGGUGUCCUGCUUCAUGAGGCCAUUCAGGUGCCCCGUCAGCUGGGGGAAGUGGCAGCCUUUGGGGGCAGCAAUGUGGAGCCCAGUGUCCGUAGCUGCUUCCGUUUUAGCACUGGGAAGCCAGUCAUUGAAGCUUCACAGUUCUUGGAAUGGGUCAACUUAGAGCCCCAAUCCAUGGUAUGGCUGGCUGUUCUGCAUCGAGUCACCAUUGCUGAGCAAGUGAAGCAUCAGACCAAGUGCUCUAUCUGUAGGCAGUGCCCCAUCAAGGGCUUCAGGUACCGGAGUCUGAAACAAUUUAACGUGGACAUCUGCCAGACCUGCUUCUUGACAGGCAAGGCCAGCAAAGGCAACAAGCUGCACUACCCCAUCAUGGAGUAUUACACCCCGACCACAUCCAGUGAGAAUAUGAGAGACUUUGCCACAACCUUAAAGAACAAAUUCCGCUCAAAGCAUUAUUUCAGCAAACACCCUCAGCGAGGUUAUCUGCCUGUGCAAUCAGUGCUGGAGGCCGAGUACAGUGACACGCCGGCUUCUUCCCCGAGAUUGCCACAUGCUGACACACACUCCCGCAUUGAGCAUUUCGCCAGCAGGCUUGCUGAGAUGGAAAAUCAAAAUUGCUCCUUCUUUAAUGACAGCCUGUCCCCAGAUGACAGCAUAGACGAGGAUCAGUACCUGUUGCGGCACUCCAGCCCCAUUACAGACCGGGAGCCCGGCUUCGGACAGCAGGUUCCAUGCAGCAUGGCCACAGAAAACAAAGGGGAGCUAGAGAAGGUCCUGGCCCACUUAGAGGAUGAGAACCGGAUUCUCCAGGGAGAGCUGAGGCGCCUGAAGUGGCAGCAUGAGGAGGCUGCUGAGGCACCCACCCUGGCUGAGGGCUCUGCUGAGGUGGCACAGGACCACCGCAAUGAGGAGCUUCUGGCUGAGGCACGGAUCCUUCGGCAGCACAAGAGCCGCCUGGAGACACGCAUGCAGAUCCUUGAAGACCACAACAAGCAGCUAGAGUCCCAGCUGCAGCGCUUAAGGGAACUGCUCCUGCAGCCACCCAAUGAAUCAAAUGGCAAUGGCUCUGCAGGCUCGUCCCUAGCUUCCUCUCCACAGCAGUCAGAAGGCAGUCACCCCCAGGAGAAGGGACAGACUACUCCAGACACUGAGGCUGCAGAUGAUGUGGGGUCAAAGAGCCAAAAUGUCAGCCUGUGCUUGGAGGACAUUAUGGAGAAGCUUCGCCAUGCCUUCCCCAGUGUGCGAAGCUCUGAUGUGACUGCCAACACACUGCUGGCCUCUUGAUGGAGCCAUAUCCCCAUCCUAUAGUGCAUACUCCUCUCCUAGUUCUGUCAAAGCCUUUCCUCAGCCUUCACCCAACCUUUCCAGUCCCCACUGGCCCCACAUUUCUCAGCCAGAGUUAUUUUGGCUCUAGGCAGCAGCAGAGAUCUGGUGGUAUGUGAGGUGGGUGUGUGGGGGCCAGGGGCAGGAAAGGAAUAAUUCCUAUGACUCCAAAAAUGUGCCCUUUAAUCUUCAAGUUUGAGACUGGUCCCUUAAGUACAUUUCUAUUGCAGAUCAGGCAAAUAGCACUUGGAGGCCACUCAGAUGGGGAGCAAGGAAGCUGCCUUGCAGAGCUAAACAAUGCUUGCUGUUUCCUUUUCUUCUCCAUGGAAUUAUGGAGAUAGAGAAGCCUAAUGACCCCAGGGUUCCAACAUUAUGAAUCCACAGGAGUUAGCCCUAUUUCCUGUCCCAACUCAGAAAGGUAAAAGGGUAUCCCUGAGACAACCCCUCUCCAUCAAAGUGCCCCUGAAAAAAAUCUGGGGGCAGCAUGUGUCAUAUUACUUCAGCUUGAGGGCAUACCUCUAGCCAUCCUGAUGCUACCUAGAUGUUGUUUCCUCCUCAAAUAUCUUCAGUUCCUCUGCCUCAGACCUCUACUGGCAGACCUUUCUCAUGGGGAAGAGAACAGUUCAUUCUAGGUCCUAUUUCCACCUUACAUUUGGAAACA